AUCAACAUGAGUAGAUUGGUUAGCUAAUGCCUGUUGUUCAGGACAAAGAGCAGACAAACAGGCUUUUUAUCAGAAGUCUCAACUUGCCACCAUCACCAGCAAUCAAUCGUGACCAUGCAGAGGUGUGGAGAAAAACGCAUUGGGAUGAAAAAGUAGACAGAAGUGUCCCGUGUGUAGCCAUGGCCCAAGAGACGAACCAGAGCCCGGUGCCCAUGCUGUGUGCCACUGGCUGCGGUUUCUACGGCAACCCCAGGACGAAUGGCAUGUGCUCGGUCUGCUACAAGGAGCACCUGACGAGACAGCAGAACAGCGGGAGAGCUAGCCCCAUGAGUCCUGUUGGUGCGGGCGCAGGCAGCGUCUCCAGCAGUCCUUCCUCAGAAGCCUCCAGCAUGCAGAGACUAGAGGCCAGCCGAAACGAAGCCGAGGCCUCCCCGUCCAGCUCGGCCGACGCAGCCAGAAGUUUGGCAGCAGCCUCUCUCCCAGUCACGCAGCAGAUGACGGAAAUGAGCAUUUCCCGGGAGGACAAAGUCGCAUCGCCUAAAUCGGAGCCGACCGAGCCAGUUGUCACUCAGCCCACAGCCUCCGCCUCCCGCCCCAGUGACCCCGGCAGCGAGGACCCCAAGCCCCCCGAGGCCCCCAAAGCCAAGAAGAACAGGUGCUUCAUGUGCCGGAAGAAGGUCGGCCUCACAGGGUUUGACUGUCGCUGCGGCAACCUCUUCUGCGGACUCCACCGGUACUCCGACAAGCACAACUGCCCGUACGACUACAAAGCCGAGGCCGCCGCUAAGAUCAGGAAAGAGAACCCCGUCGUUGUCGCCGACAAGAUCCAGAGAAUAUAAAGGACUCUCUCACGCGCGGGAGCUUUCACCUGAACACUGGCACGUGGCGUCAAUGGACUCCUUUUGUUUCGUUUUUUUUAAAUACAAUCUUGAAAGAAAAAAAAAGAAAACCUAUCCAGAGCUGUUGCAUGAAUGAUCACGUUUUUUCUUUAUUGUUUUUCUCCCCUUUCUCUUCGUGGUGUGUGUUUUAUUUAAACAAAAAAAAAGAAAAAAGAAAAAAAAAAGGGCAAAAAAUAGACAAAUAAUAGUGCUAGCGUACAGACCCGGGCAUCUUUUCAGGAAAAUCUCGAUUACCUCUCCCCCCCAAGAAAUUCCUCCUUCACUUUGAAACUUUGAAUUGGUUAUAUAUCUGUGCCAAAAAAAGAGAAAGGAAAUAAAUCUGGGCACGCUUUUGUUUAGUGGCAAGCAGCAAAGGACCGUUUCAGUCUGAAAGUCGUUUAUUUUCUACCUACACUGAAGUUUAAGCAUCCAGAUAAAGGCUGGAAUUCUGAGAUGACACGGUGGCCUCCUGACCAAUUCUGAAGCAGAGGCCUGAGCUGGUUCCCGAUUGGUCAAAACAUUGAAAGCAGUGGGGGAGGAGUUGUCUUAUCAGAGCUGUGAUUGGGUGUUACGUUUCAAAAUAUCAUAGAAAUUGUCAUUUGUGCAGGAUGCUAUUGACGUUCUUACAAGUGCUGAGUUCAUGGUAAUGUCCAGUUUUUUUGUGUGUUUGCCUGCUCGUUUCCCUGGUUACCCCCCCCGUGGACAGUUGCUGUCAGUUUUCCCCAGUGAUGCCUGUCUGUAAGGUAGCUGCAGUGAGCUGUGAACAGGGCAGGGGCGGGGGCAGGGAGGAACUGGUAGAGGUAAUAUGCCUCCACUUUUUUCUGUCAGGCAACUGGCUACCGGUCUGUAGAAUCUCAGUAUCUGAAUUUAGUGUAACAAUUUAGAUUUUUUUAAAUGUUAAUGUUGUGGGGACAGGGAUGGGUGCGGUACCGGCCAUGUUGCGUAAUGUGGGGUGUUUUUUUUUUGUGAGUAACGUGGCGGAAUUCCUGUGCUGCGUCGUUGCUCGGUUACACCUCCGUUCCCACAGGUGGCUGAUGGGAAACCGAGUCCGAAGUGUUGCAUCGACUUUAAAAAUAGUUUUUACAAUUUAAAAUACGACGCACAUAGGCUGAAAUUUAUCAGAGAGCUUUUCUAGGAGCAGCAUGGCCACCUCAGACAAAUUAAAUAGCAUGUGGACACACUAGGCAACCUUGGACAUGAUGCCAUUUAUUCAAGUGUUUAUUGAAAAAAAAUAUGGUGGAAAAUCCUAAAUGGCAGACGAGAGUUUUAAAGUAGCAGAAUUUACAUAGCGAAAUGCAGCUCUGUGUGCUUAAGAGUUUUGAUGACUACUUCACACUGGUUACUAUAGAAUCUUUCUGUAUUUUUUUCUAUCUAAUAUGGCGGUCAUGGCUUUUUACCUGCGGGUACAUUAACUGGCUUUGACAGGUCGGCCCAUAGGCCCCCACAGCCCUGUUGGAUCUAACAAACAACUUCUAGUUCUUUGUGUAGGUGCUGGUGAAAUUAAUACAGAAAUGAAUGGAAAGCAGGCUUAUUAACCAGAGGGCCCUGUGCACCAGUGAAGCCUGGUCUUCUGGAUGAGGUCCGUUAGAUGAAUCGAGUGUAUUCUCCUUUCUCCUUUUGUGUUAUCGGUUGCUGGAUUGAGCCUGUGAGGAGAGAACCAUUUUUUCCCUGAGUUUUGUCCUGAAGCGCAUUAGUGCGGAAUGUGAAGCCUUGAACCUCGGGCCUGGUCGUCUCCGUUCCUCAACCGUGGACGCGCUCGAAAAGCGUUCGGUGACCGCUACGGUCGCCUGGUUUCCGGAACGCGCGCGCUCCCUCCCCGUCGGGGGUCGGCCACUGAUGGGACUGCAGGCCAAUCGGGCGAUGGGCCUUCGGCAGGAUGAGGAUGGCUCUUUUGCUUCUUCCUACCCAGCAUCCUCUUCUGCAGUCUUGUUUUUUUUUUUUUUUUUUUUUUUUUUUUUGAGAAAAGGAAGGAGAAAAUGAGCUUAAUUUGUGCCAUACAUGUGAUUUUAUUUUUCUUUUUUUUCCGUUUAUUCCAGAAUAUUUCUUGCCGGUUAAGGAUGUCUGUGGAUUGUGUGUUUUUGUUUUUUUUUGUCUUUUAAUAUGAUAACUUUAGGGGGGGGAAGGUUUGUUCCUUGUUGUCAUUUGUUGUUUUGUCAUUGGUCCCUCCUUGUCGUUGUGUGAUCUGCGAUUGGCUGAAUGAAGCCAGCUGUGAACCUGUCGCAGGUUGUCUGGGUCUGAGGCCUGAAACACCCAUUUUUGCCUGCCCUUCUCUCUCAUUUUUUCCUUAGUUUUUUUUUUUUUCUUGACUGUAGGAGUGUAGUUUUAAUGAGUGUAUUGCAUGGGUUGAGCAUCUACAACAAUGUAAAAUAUCUGAAGUGUAGAAAUUUGGCAAUAUACUUCACUAAUGCUUGGUCAAUAUUUUCCCCUCAAUUAUGUUUUUUUUUUUUUUGUUUUCACACUUUUUUUUCCCCUUUGGGUAAUGUCUGGAGGUUGUGCUGAUAUUUACGUAUUAUGUGAUCUGUGUAUGUGUACGGAAUGGGAGUGCAAGGUCCGCUACUCAUAUGGACACAAACCUGUGUACAUGCAGGGGGGGGGUUCCCUCAAACCCCUUUUCCCUCCCCUCCAAUGCCAACCAAUCAGCUGGCUGCUGUCCAUCUGCCAAUCUGCUUUCUACUGUGUGGACCAGCUUUUGCCUGGUGGAAUGUGGGAUGCAAACAACUUGUUGUCUGGCAGCUUGUGAAUCUGGAACUCUGUUGGAACGUUGACUCUUUAUGACAUCAUAUCUACCAUGGAAACAGACGAACGGAUGAGUCAGCAUCUUACCAGCCCUUCCAUUGCGAGCACUCUGGUGGAGCACUCUGAACAUCAAGCCUGCCCUGUUGGACUAAUGGACUUAUUGCACACUUCGCUACUGGUUCUUGUGAUGCCCCCACCCCCGAACCAUCCCAUAUGAACAAUAUCCUUCCCUUAUUUGCUACUGGGUUGACCGUGUAGCUGUUUGAAUUCUUCCAUUCUCACUAACCUACACAGUUGUUUUUUGUUGCUUGUUUACAAGACCUAAGCAACACGUAGAACAGUUUUUUUUCUUUGGGGUUUUCAGAAUUUUCUGUGAAUUCCUUGCCGUUAUGUGAAUAGAAUCUCCGUUCUUUAGCUUGGACAGAUAACAGGUGUUGGGGGGCCCUUGCUCUCACGUGUGUGUGUGUGUGUGUGUGUGUGUGUGUGUGUGUGUGCGUGCGUGCGUGCAUUUCUACCUAUAGAGUCUAAUCUAGCGGUGUGAAGAAAGUCUUGUAUAUAGAAUUUUCUUUGUCCUGGCUUGCUUGGCACUGUUUUUUUUCUCUCUUCUUCUGUAGGGGUGUGAGUUCCUGCUUUAUGAGAAUUGUAUGUAUCCAUUCAAGUUUUAAUUUUAACUUUUAGUUAUGCAAAUUUGUACAAACUGUGUUCAUAUUUAUGUAUUACAUAUAAUCUUGUUAUCAUGCAUUAAUGCAGAAUUGUAUCAUGUAAAUAAAAAAAAUUAUGUACAGAGAGACAUUAUAUAGCUUUA